AUGGGUACUGGUGAUAAUGUUCUGCGAUUGCAAGGACGAUUGUGUGUUCCUGAUGUUGAUGGUCUUCGACAAGAAUUAAUGAUGGAAGCUCAUAGUUCCAAGUAUUCAGUGAAUGCUGAACAUCAAAGGCUUGGAGGCCUGGCUCAUAAUAUAGAGAUUUCGCAGUGGAAGUGGGAGGAGAUCAACAUGGAUCUCGUUGAAAGUUUGGGAACUAGAGUGAAAUUGAGCACUGCCUUUCAUCCUCGAACUGAUGGGCAGGCAGAGAGAACUAUUCAAACGUUGGAAGAUAUGUUGAGGGCCUGUGUUAUAGAUUUUGGAGGAAAUUGGGAUGGACAUUUACCUCUGGUGGAAUUCGCGUACAACAACGUGGAGUUGUUGGGUCCGGAUUCAGUUCAUGAAGCAAUUGAGAAGGUUAAUCUUAUUGUGCAACGGCUCAAGACAGCUUACAGUUGA